AGAACAAAUAAAAACUUGUUAGUGAAGAGGUAUGUUCUCUUGUGAAGUAAACAAAAGUUGGUUUUGGUAUGUGAUUGUUGCCAGUGUUUAUCUAUUAGAUUCAAUUUUGUUUUCCCUUCAUUAUGCCGUAUAAUUUAAAAAAUAAAAACAGAGUUUGUAUACCUGAUAGCAGUGAUUCAGAUUCUAAUAUUACAUUUUAUCGAAAAGAACGAUUACGACACGUUAAGAAAAUAAAAAGGAACUUACAAACAAUAUGCGAUAAUGAUAGUCCCAUGAUGACUGGAUCAGAUAAUGAUAUUGCGCUUAUUACACAGAGAGACAAUAUCAAUCAUAUAGAUAUAAUUAAUGCAGAUAACAAUAAACAUAAAAAGAUGGGGUCUCAAAUAAAUAUUGAGGCCAGUUCAAGUGAAUCAGAUAUCAUUGCUACGAAAGGGUUAAGAAGAAGCAGAAGGAAACGGACAAAAGUUCAAGCAGAGUAUCUUUAUGAUUUUGACUCAGAUUCAUCUGCAUCUUUAAUGCAAAAUAAAAGGAAGCUUUCGAGAUCAUCCAGCGCCAAGCAGCAGGCCAAAAAAAGUGGUACAAUUGAAGUUGGAAGUUGCAGUCAAAUAAUGGAAAGUGAAAGCAACGAAAAGGACUCUGUAAUUCAAAAUAGAGAAAAUGUCUCGAAGCCAUCCAGCAUGAAAAAACAACACAAUAAAAGUAAUACAGUUGAAGUCACAGAAGAUAUAUGUAAUGAGAAAAACUAUGAUGACAUAGAUAUUAUAGCUAGCUCUCCAAUGGCAAAUACUAAAGAAGCAAAGAACGAAAAGGAGCAAGAUGAUCAUGUAGAUUAUAAACCUUACAUUACAAAGGUCUUGGAAGAUUCAAAGAAUAGAUUCACCAUGUUUAAAUCGCAGAUCACUUAUUUACAAGAAAAAUUCAAUAAAGAUGAGGUAGUACAUCUACAAGAUGCCAAUAACAUAAUAUUUAUGCUGACUUGCAUCAUCAGUAAACUGAAAGAAGAAUUAACCGACCAUCAACAUAAUUUAAUGGAUGCUGUCAUAGAAUGCCGUAUGCAGAAUAGUCCUAAUUGUAUCAUUUCAAGCAUGCAUCAUGAACGAUUUCUUAAUAAUAAUCAUUUACAGGUGCAAAGGAAAACACAUAGUCCCUUUAAUGGUGACAAAUUAAUAAGCACAUCAGUCAGUAGGAAACGACCGUUGCAAAUAAUUAAGAUUUCAAGAAACAUUCUACAACCAAGUGAUAAAAAUAUAGUACCGCAUAUAAAUCGUAAGCAAAAUAAUAUAGAAUUAGCUUCGAAAGAAAAUAAUUUUCUUACUUCAGUUCAAGUUGACGAAGAUAACGUUACAGUACAAAAUGAUAAGUUUCAUUUUUCCAUUUAUGAUGAAGAAACGGUAAUUGAUGGCAACGAGAAAAACUUGAUAGGAAAUAUUAGUAAUAUGAAAAGCAAUUUGCGAUUGUCAGAAGACAAGCGGAAGGAUCGUCCGAUAAUCAAAUAUGACUUCUUCAAAAACAUAUUGAAUACACAAAAAUUAAUGCAACUUGAUAGUGAUGUAGAUAGUACGUGUAGUACACUGAAUUUGUUUUUUUCAGAAGAUGUAGAUGAACCGGAGAAUAAUGAUAUUGAUACAAUUGAUGCAAGGGACAAGACGGGAAGUCAUGUUUCAGAGGUCACGUUAAAUACCCUUAAUAACAAUAAUACUCAAAAAAGAUCAUUGUCUCGUAUAAAUUCGAUAGAAACCACGAUACUUCCGCAUCGCCCUGCAAUUAAUACCAAAAAAGUAUUUUCCAGAGUAAAGAAAGAAAUGUUCUCUACUAGUAUGAGCAACGAAAAUUUAAUACAGGAGAUUUCCAAUGCAAACGAUUUAAAUACAAAUUAUCAUUCGAAAUAUACUGAUGAAAAAUUACAAAUGAAUUGCCGAGUAUUGAUAGAGAAAUGUAGAUUAUAGUUCAGCUAAGAGAAACACUAUUAAUAAUAAGCGUUAAAGAAUUGAUUAAAAUAAUGAAAAGUAUUUUUUCUUUUUUUCUGUGUACACAAAAGUCGUACAUAAACACUCAUAUAUUUUUCUAUAUGUACAGUAAACUCUCGCUAUAUUGCCUGUUGAGUAAAUCCUCCUUCACAGGGAUUUUCACACACAUUUUUAAGUGCUGCAGAGAAAGAGCUCGUUUUAUGUUGACAAUUUUAAGAAUUUUCCGUUUCUACCGGCAAUAUAGUGAGAGUUUACUGUAACAAACAUGUAUGUAAGAAUUUUUGUAUGUUCUUCUAACAUUAUCUUAUUUUUGUUUUGUAAGCUCUUCCAGAAGCUAAAUAUACAAUAGAUUUAAUAUAACAUUUCAGA